GCCGCCUUCCGCAGGACCGGGCUGGAUCCCGCUUCCUGCUGCGGGUUUUAUGAGACUGGCGCGACUCAUGAAGGUGUUCGUCACCGGCCCGUUGCCGGCGGAAGGCAGGGCGGCGCUCGCCCAGGCCGCAGACUGUGAGGUGGAGCAGUGGCCUUCCGAUGACCCGAUCCCCAGCAAGGAUCUGGAGCAAGGUGUGGCGGGGGCCCAGGGCCUGCUCUGCCGCCUCACUGACCGUGUGGACAAGAAAGUUCUGGAUGCUGCAGGAACCAGCCUCAGAGUCAUCAGUACCCUGUCGGUGGGGGUUGACCACUUGGCUUUGGAUGAAAUCAAGAAGCGCGGGAUCCGGGUAGGCUACACACCAGGUGUCCUGACGGAUGCCACCGCAGAACUUGCUGUCUCCCUGCUGCUCACCACCUGCCGCCGGUUGCCAGAGGCCAUAGAGGAAGUCAAAAACGGGGGCUGGAGCUCCUGGAGCCCCUUGUGGAUGUGCGGCUACGGACUUUCGCAGAGCACUGUCGGCAUUGUGGGGCUAGGGCGCAUCGGUCAGGCCAUUGCUCGACGUCUGAAACCAUUUGGUAUCCAGAGAUUUCUCUACACGGGGCGCCAGCCCAAGCCUCAGGAAGCAGCGGAAUUCCAGGCAGAGUUUGUGCCUCUUGCUCAGCUGGCUGCAGAAUCAGACUUCAUUGUAGUGGCCUGCUCUCUAACACCUGCCACCAGGGGGCUCUGCGGCAAGGAUUUCUUCCAGAAGAUGAAGAACACAGCUAUCUUCAUCAACAUCAGCAGGGGGGAUGUGGUUAACCAGGAAGACCUGUACCAGGCAUUAGCCAGUGGCCAGAUCGCAGCGGCAGGACUGGAUGUGACCACCCCAGAACCACUGCCUCCAAGCCACCCCCUGCUGACGCUGAAGAACUGCGUGAUCCUGCCCCACAUUGGCAGUGCCACCUACAAAACUCGGAACACCAUGUCUUUGCUGGCAGUUAACAACUUGCUGGCUGGCGUGAGAGGGGAGCCGAUGCCCAGUGAACUCAAGCUGUAGCCAGAUAGGGCUACAUGGGCUUUCAUGGGCUGGAGACAUCUUGCCCAGCAGACCCAGGCUGGACUUUGAACCUGAGGGAUGCCACCUCUACUAAGUCUUCAGGAGACAUGAGAACUGGGAGAUAAGCUGGACACACCCACACCAAAAGCCUGUAAUUCUAACAUUAAAUAAUUUCUGACACAG